AUGGAGGAUUAGGUAACCAAUCACGAAUCACGUUGUUACGACGUCCAGUACGACUGCGCACGCUGGCAUGAGAGAAACAAAAAUAUAUUUAUCAACUUUCUAAACCGAUUCAAGCAUGGACGCUCAAAAAGACGUGCAACCCCCCAAGCAACAGCCUAUGAUAUACAUAUGUGGGGAAUGCCACACUGAAAAUGAAAUUAAGGCUCGUGAUCCAAUCAGAUGCAGAGAGUGUGGAUACAGAAUCAUGUACAAGAAGAGAACAAAGAGAUUGGUUGUGUUUGACGCGCGGUGAAGUGGACGACUCCAGUGGUUGUGUUUGACGCGCGGUGAAGUGGACGACUACAACAUUGACUAAUUUUUGUUCUGUUUUUAGUGUGUCACAGUGUUGCACCAAGUCACCAACACUUCAUAUUCUUUCUAGGAAACCCCACAGGCUUGGGAAGCAGUGCCAGUAUUUGGUGCCCAGUUGGUUGAUUAUGUUCCUGGAACUGUAAUCAAUGAUAGAUAUGGUUUAUAAAAUACAUCCUGAUUGAU